AUGGCCAAGAUAACAACCCUUUUCUUGACGUCUCUCCUCCUCUGCGCGAUCUUAUCCUGCUUUGCUCGCCCCGAGUCAGUGUUUCUCGAUGUUACUCCAGUCCAGACUCAACGUGCGGGUGUGGAAACGGAGCACGACGUUGACUUGAUGGAUGAGAGCUGCAAAGGAGUUGGCGAAGAAGAAUGCUUGUUGAGGAGGACUCUGGCUGCUCACAUCGACUAUAUCUACACCCAAAAGCAUCAUCCUUGAAGUUAAUCUCCUCUGUUGGCGAUUAGGAAAAAAAAAAAAAAAAUUAGAGGCUUGAACGGUUUAGUGGUCGUCUACUAACCUUGUUGUGAAUUACGAAACAUAUACUAUGGUGGGAAUGAGAAAUUUGCUCGUCACUGAGAGUGGACUCCGAGUGUCUGCUUAAUUUCAAACUUGUGUAUCUU